GUCAGGUCAACCUAGUAAUGCAUACUUUUGCUACACGCUAACCAGGUGCUGAAGCUCGCCAGGUCAUGCCAGGCUAUGCUCAAGAUAAAAGUGAUCUAUUGGUCACCAUGUCGAGCUACAAAUGUCAGCCUCAGCCAAGCACUGUUAACUUCUGAGACUUCAAUAUUGAAGUCGAGGCUGACCUGGACUGAAACGGGUCCCAUUAUAUGUAUUCAAUUCUGAAUCCGGACACUGCCUACCGUUUCAUCCUUACCAGCUUCUUUACAACGAUCAGUCUUGUUGCGUUUAUGGCAUCCAAAAUCUUCGGUUAUACCGUCGAGUACCAGUGGAAGCGGAGUGCCAGUCCUGGGAGUUCUGUCAAGACCAAUUCCUUGACAGUUUGUAAAGAGACACAUGACAAGUUCCUCAACAUCAUCAACCAAGGAGAAAUUUACGAGUGGAGAAUGUUUUACUACUCAGCGAGAUGGCAUGUGUACCAGAAAGGGCUCUAUACAGGAUCGCUGAUGGUCUUCCCGGCGAUUGAAUCUCACUGCGUUGACAAUCUAUACGUUUCUUCGAAGAGUGUAAAAUUCUUCAAGGGAAUUCAUCGUGUUCUCGGCUUGCCACGUUAUCCAACGAGAGCACCCGGAAUGAGUCUCAUCAAAUAUGCACCUUUGUUUCCACGUUUGGCUUCUCAGGUACCCUGGCGCUCUCAUCACCCUGAGAAUGUUUCGAGCGUAUUCCAAGUUGCCCUAAGGAGAAGAGAGUAUGUUAAGGUACUCGCAAACAGUGCAAUCAGGCGCAAAGUAAAAGAGCCGCAAGUACACCUCGACAACAUCAAUCCGUCAUAUCAUUCGACCCGAAGUCCGCAUAAUCAGAAGACAUGCGACCUUCGCAAAACUCUCGUAAAGACACUUGGAGCCAGCGCAUUGAAGAGGCAGUCACUCGUGAUCAAGGAAAAAGAAGUACCCCACACACCGACGGAAGUCCGUUUGGAGCGCCGCCUCCGUUUGGCCCUUGGAGAGAAUUUAUCGAUCAAGAACCUCGCUUCAGCUGCUGCUGCGAGAAAGGCGCCUGCACCUUCUCUGCCUGAUCGUUCGCCAUCUCGAAUUUCUUCUCUACAGCCGAAGAUACGUUAUCAGGACCAGAAGUCGAGUCGCCGCAGUUUAUUUCAUGAAGCAUCAGCCACCUCAUUCAAACUGUCCGCGAACCUCGGCCCGGACGACGCUGCCCUCAAAUCUUCCGUGUCCAAUGAACCUUAAUUUUAGCACUACUAGUGAUGCACAUAUACGAUAGUAUUGAGUUGAUUGCAUCAGCCAAAUGAUGGUCGAUACGUAUAAAUUUGUAAUCGAACAGCCAGUC